AUGAGUACUUUUUGUCAGUCAAAAUCAGUAGCUAAACAAGUCUCUGCUAAAGGAUCCGAAGAAGAGGCAUUUGUAGAGAUUGACAAAUUACAGUCAGCAGGAAUAAAUGUUGCAGAUAUUAAUAAGUUGAAAACUGCAGGAUUAUGCACUGUAUUAAGUAUAAUCCAGGCAACCAAAAAGGAAUUAUGUAACAUUAAAGGUCUUUCUGAAGCAAAAGUUGAGAAAAUUGUGGAGGCAGCACAAAAGUUGGAUCAGUCAUCAAGUUUUCAGUCUGGUAGUGAGGUAAUGAGCAGAAGACAAAAUAUUUUGAGAAUCACAACAGGAAGUGAACAGUUUGAUAAGAUGUUGAUGGGUGGAUUUGAAAGUAUGUGUAUUACAGAAAUUUUUGGUGAGAACAGAUGUGGAAAAACUCAGAUUUGCCAUACACUAUGUGUGGCCGCACAGCUUCCUUUGGAAAUGAACGGAGGUAAUGGAAAGGUUUGUUUUAUCGAUACUGAGGGUACUUUCAGGCCAGAAAGAAUUGUGAAGAUAGCAGAAAGAUUUGGCGUGCAAGGUGAUGCUGCUUUGGACAAUAUUAUGUAUGCGAGAGCAUACACUCAUGAGCAUUUGAAUCAGCUGAUUAGCGCAGCAGCAGGAAAAAUGAUAGAGGAAAAGUUCGCACUCUUAAUUGUAGAUUCUAUUAUCGCACUAUUCAGAACUGAAUUUUCGGGAAGAGGGGAGUUAGCAGAAAGGCAACAAAUUUUGAAUAAAACAUUAAGUAAGCUGAAUAAAUUGGCCGAUCAAUUUAAUAUUGCGAUAGUAAUGACAAAUCAUGUCAUGGCAGAUCCUGCAGGAGGGAUGAGCUUUAUGCCAAAUGUUGCAAAGCCUGUCGGCGGGCAUGUAAUUGGUCAUGCCUCACAUGUAAGGCUUAGUUUAAGAAAAGGUAAGGGCGAACAAAGAGUAUGCAAAGUUUAUGGCUCUCCGCAUCUACCAGAGUCUGAGUGCGUAAUUCAGCUUUCAGAUGGAGGAAUCAUUGACCCGAUUGACUAA